CUUUGCUUUAUGCGCAUGGGCGGAGAAACAGUCGCUGUUAUUAUUGUAAGAAUAAUUUCUCUUACGAAAAUGGCGUCGAGUCACGGAGGUGUGGGAGCAGUAACGGCUCUUCAAAGCCAUCAUUAUCCGAAUGGACCUCAAUGGAACCCGGGUAUCAACCAGCAUCAGCACCAGCUCCUGACGGCCCGUAGUUUAGACCGUGCUCUGGAGGAUGCCGUGUGCUCCGGGAUGUUGAAUCUAAGUGGGAGGAAGCUGAGAGAGUAUCCUGGAAUGAGCUAUGAUCUUACCGAUACGACACAAGCAGAUCUGUCCAAGAACCUUCUGACGGAGAUCCCUCCAGAGGUGUGUCUGUUUUGCCCCCUCGAGUCCCUCAACCUCUACCACAACUGCAUCAAAGGCAUCCCAGAAGCCAUCAUCAACCUGCAGAUGCUGACGUAUCUCAACAUCAGCCGGAACCUUCUCUCAACAUUGCCAAAGUAUCUGUUCAGCCUCCCCCUCAAAGUGCUGGUUGUGAGCAACAACAAGCUUGUGUCAAUCCCAGAGGAGAUUGGAAAAGCCAAAGAGCUGAUGGAACUGGACAUCAGCUGUAAUGAGAUCCAGGUGCUGCCCCCUCAGGUGGGGAGGCUUCAUGCCUUAAGGGAACUCAACAUCAGGAGGAACUGCCUUCAGAUGCUUCCUGAGGAGCUGGCUGACUUGCCCCUCAUCAGACUGGACUUCUCCUGCAACAAGAUCACAGAGAUUCCUCCAGUCUACAGGAAACUCAGGCAGCUGCUGCACAUAGUCUUGGACAACAACCCUAUGCAGUCUCCACCUGCACAGAUCUGCCUUAAAGGAAAGGUGCACAUAUUCAAGUACCUGAACAUCCAGGCGUGCAGGAUGGAUAAGAAACCUGACUCUCUGGACCUCCCCUCCCUGGGAGGCAAACGGGGAUGCCUCCCCCAGCCACUCACAGACAGCAUGGAGGACUUCUACCCCAGCAAGAACCACGGCCCUGACUCUGGUAUAGGCAGUGACAACGGGGACAAGAGGCUUUCUACGACAGAGCCUUCGGACGACGACACUAUCAGCCUGCACUCUCAGCUGUCGGAGACGGCCCGCGCCGACGCCCUGUCACUCCUCUCCAAGAUGGACUCCUGCAAAGAUCAAGACCCCUAUGACUUCAUAGAGCCCAACCCAGAUGAAGAUGCUGGUCUGUCAGAGGGAGACAUGCAGCAGAACAGCCCUUAUGUCACCUGCAUAAAGGAAUUGGAGAAAGUCCUGAAUAAGUCACACCAAAGCAAAGAUAAGGAGAGCUGGAAGGAGGAAUCUGGCUCUGAUAAGGAACAGUUGGCCGAGGAGGAGGAGGAUGAGCUGAAGGAGGUGCUGGACUUGAGGAAGAUUGCAGUGCAGCUUCUCCAGCAGGAGCAACAGAACAGACGCCGCUCCUUAAUAUGUAGAGCAGAGAGUCUUAUUCACCGGAGAAGGGUAACUGGACGAGCACACAGGUUCCUCAGUCACUCAGGAAGUUCCAGCAGCAAACAGAGAUCUCAAUCCCAAGCCACUCGCAGUGCUUCUCUGGAUGAAGGCAGCAGUGGAGCAUCAGUUCUUGGUGGCCAGGAUCCCGACCUUACUGACGACGACACGCCUUUCUCUGAGCUGAUGUUAUCUAGCCUGACGGCACGCUCCAGCAUGUUGACCUUCAUCCGGAUGUCUCUGCAGCCAUCAUCGUCCUGUUCUUUCGAUGGCAGCCUCAAAUCUGAAUCAGAAACAGAGGCCAAGUGGCCAGAGCUACCUCCCGUCCUCAACCAGAACGAGGAGCGUAGGAGGAACAAAUACCUUAGAAAAGAUUAUCUCAAGUACAAGUGCCAGAGUGCCCGGAGGAAUUCAAGUGGUAAUGAAGAGUGUGAGGAGGGAAUGCGCAGCUCUGAAUUCAGCACAACCCUUACCGUAUUUGGUUUAAAGCCUAGAUCAGCAUUUAGCAGGAGCAGCCGCCAAGAGUUUGCCUCCACAGACCCCAGUUUCACCAUGCGGAGGAAGAUGGAGCACCUGAGAGAGGAGAUGGAGCAAAUUGGCAUCUUACGGCAGAACCUUGAGUCCAGACUGAAGGUUCUGCUGCCUGACGAUGUUGGGGCCGCCCUGAUGGACGGGGUUGUUCUGUGCCAUCUAGCCAAUCACAUACGUCCCAGAUCUGUAGCCAGCAUCCAUGUGCCCUCACCUGCAGUGCCAAAGCUCAGCAUGGCAAAGUGUCGUAGGAAUGUGGAGAACUUUCUUGAUGCCUGCAAGAAGCUGGGCGUUCCGCAGGACAAGCUGUGUCUGCCCCAUCACAUCCUGGAGGAGCGUGGGCUUGUGAAGGUAGGAAUGACUGUUCAGGCCCUGCUGGAGCUGCCUGCUUCCAAGCCCACCCAGCUGUCUGCUGUUUAGCACCAGGCUGGGCCCUGCCUCCACUCCCCAGCCCUCAGCUGGGCCCUGCCUCCACCCCCCAGCCCUCCACCCCCCCUCACAUGAGAGACCUCACCACUGGGGACCAGGGAACCCAAACGGGGGACGGCCCCCAGGGCCAAAGGACAGGAGCCCGCUACCAGCUGACGGAGCCACGAGAGGGGAGGCCUUCACUCUCUUAUAUGAUGUCAGCUGGUCCUGCCUCUCCUCCAUCAGAUUCUUAGCUUGUGUCCCAUUGGGGGGGCCAUACUGUACGUGUGUAGAGAAUAUGUGUGACUGUAUGACCUCUGUGACCUGCACAAGGCACAAUGACCUUGUGAGAGGUGAUGAACCGAGUCGGGUCAAAGGUCAGACGACAGGGGGAACCUAGAGGAAGAGGAAGACCAGUUGCCAUGACUAUUUCCCAGAGACUGCUGAGACUGGAGUAGCCAAAUCUGACCUGACAAGACUCCCAACCUUCUGUGUUUCAGACUGCCAUCGUGAAGUGAAAACUGUUUUAAAAGGCAGGUAUGCACUCACUUUUUCAAGAGAAGUGAACUGCAUGCUGGUUCACCAGCCACAACACAGAUCAAGUGGCCCUUGCACUUGUAGCUUGAUUUUUUUGCUUUGACACAAGUAGCAUUUUACAGAUAUUUGUAGUCAUGAUAAUAAUAAGAAUGUUUUACCACCUGGUCUUCUGUCCCAGAGCAGGAAGUUGGGCUAAUCGUAUUUCUCUUCUGGCCUGGGAAACCCCAGCCAGAGCCAAAACUAACACCACCUACACAGUUUGUUUGGGGGUUAGAAGAAACGCUUGCUUGGAAAAACAUAGUAUCUAUGAUCAGAAUGGCUGUUAGUAUUGGAGCAGGUGCUUAGCCAACUCACCUGUUGUGUCGUCUUGACUUCUGCUGACCACUGCUGUUGGAAUAAGCUGUUCCUCCUAAACUCAGUAGUCACAGGAAACGGCACACUGUAAACAUAAGACUACUGUGACUCUCAGCUGCUUUGAUGCAACCUUCUGUGCUUGUUUUAAUACAAGUUGAAAGCACAAAUUGAUCAGUCAGGAUAUUAUUAUGUACAAUGUACUUACUGCUGUGAUUUUAUCUGUUGGACAAUUUGGUGCAACUUAAGAAUGUUUUGUACAUUUAUUUUCACUGGUUCCUUUUAUUUGAGUUGGAUUCACAGCUAAAACAGUGUGCUUAAUGCAAAUAGAUACACACUGACAACUCUCUACUAAGAAACUGUAUAUCAGGGAAAUUAUUUAUGUAUUUAUUUUUUGGUUGUAUUUUUGUGCUUUUGUUUAAUUGUUUGUGUGUUUCAACCCUGAUAACAAAUUAAGUAAUGUUCUGAGGGUUUUUAGCUCUAAUUUGUUUGCUGUGAUGUUAGUUACUGGAUUUUGAAGGCUCUGUGUAGUUAUUUUGAUUUCGAUUACAAAAAAGUAUAUCUAUGGUCAUUGAAUUCUCCAAAUGAGCCGUAAAAAACAUCUCGUUCACGACUACAUUUCAUCAAGCUGGAUGAUUCCCAAUUGUGAUAAACAAUACAAUGUACCCCCAUUCACUUCAAAUUCUAUUUGCUUACAUUUCAUUUCGUCAAAUCUUUGGCUGCCUUCCUUGAGCAGAAUGCCUUACAGUUCACCUACCAGCCCGUUCAUGCUAGAACUGGCCUAUCCAAUUACGACCUGUGUCGCUGGAAACACCCUGCUCAAAUCUACUUUCCCGUAGAUGGACGUGAAAGUCAUUGUUUAUCUGGUUAUAAUGUACCAAGUUACAAAUCAAUCAAAGCAGCAUCAAAUUAAGGCUGGAACAAACAACAAUUGAUUUGUCCAUGUGUUUGUCUCCAAAUAUCCCACUUGAGGGCCAUUCCUUACAUUACCCAUGUCGAACACACAGUGCAUCAAGUUUGGCUAAAAGAUUGUCAACACAUGAUAUCAUUAAGAACAUUCUGAUGUAUUCUGUACAUAAGAAUUUUUGUAUUUCAAAAUAAAUUAAAUGCAUGCAAUGAUUCUGAAAGACCAAACCUUAUGUCUGUAAAUAUAUCCACUGUAAAAAGUUUGGGGUGUUUCUUAAAAAAGAAAAGAAAGACAAAAGAAACAAACUAAUUAAACUUUGUUUCAAGGCCAAAAUACAAAAUAAAACGGAAAUUGUUUAUAGCUUUGAGUACAUCCUUUAUUUAACUAUUUAUAGUACAUCUGCCACAGUAGACACCUGUAAA